AGCAGCCGGCUCCUAAAAGUUGUAUCAAUUCAUCUCCAAAGUUGGGCGUUGAAGUGUCGGCUCGUUUAUUCGUUCACCCAAAUCCAGGAUAUUAUAUUGACAGUUCACCAUGAAGGAAUGCUUAUUGGCAAUUUUCGGCCUUCACCUCGUGCAACCAUCGCACCAGAAAAUCAGCCCCGAACUGCUGGCGCUUUUAAACAUGUCGCUGAACGACACGUUGUCCUUGCUGAAAAACCUCGAGUACCCGCCUCAGGAAAUCGUGGACUCGGAGGCCGUGCAGGCUGUCCUCAUUGUCCUCUACUCCAUAACCGGAUUCACCGCUCUUCUUGUCAACGCGCUGCAAAUCUACAUUUUACUCACAGGCCAGAGAUCUUCUGCCGGAGCGCUGCGUCCGUAUUUGAUCAACGUUUCUUGUGCUGAUAUGUUGAUGGCCGUGUUCUCCAUUCCCUUCACAUACACGCAUUUCAUGUUGGGCCGCUGGAUUUUCCCUCCGUCUUGGUGUCCGGUGGUGCUGUACAUGCAGCAGGUGUCCGUGGUCGUGUCCGUCUACACGCUGGUGGCCAUGGGCUUCGACCGCUACAAAGCCAUCGUGCACCCGCUGCGACUGCAGGUCGGCCGCAAGAGAGCCCGCAGGUGCAUUUUGGCCAUCUGGCUGGCCACGCUGGUCGUCUCUGCCCACAUUUUCUGGAUAACCGAGGCCGUCUCUUUCAAAUACAAAAAUCAGUGA